GGCCGUUCCAGACGCACGGCGCACGAACUCGCCACUGCACGCGCCGGCCUGUUGGACAGACGCCCCGAGAUGGCUACUUGUGUGGAGCACCCUGCCAAGGGCUACACGGCUCUGUACGAGACGGCGCAAGAGGUGAAGACCCCCAUGCCCACGCAAGUGCAAGGCCGCAUCCCGUCGUGGCUGAGCGGCAGCCUCAUGCGGUUGGGGCCCGGCCUCUUCGAGGUGGGCUCCGAGGAGUUCCUGCACCUGUUCGACGGGCAAGCCCUGCUGCACAAGUUUGAGAUCAGCAACGGCGCCGUCACCUACGCGUGCCGUUUCCUUAAAACGGACACGUACAUGCGCGCCAUGACCGAAAACCGGGUCGCGAUCACCGAGUUCGGAACCGUCGCCUACCCCGACCCCUGCAAGAACAUCUUCUCCAGGUUCUUCUCGUACUUCCAGAAGAUCGAGAUCACCGACAACGCGCUGGUCAACGUCUACCCCGUGGGUGAGGACUUCUACGCCUGCACAGAGACGAACUUCAUCACCAAGAUCAACCCCGAGACGCUGGAGACCGUCGCCAAGGUUGACCUGUGCAAAUACAUCUCCAUCAACGGGGCGACGGCGCACCCGCACAUCGAACAGGACGGCACCGUCUACAACAUCGGCAACUGCUUCGGCAAGGGGCUGUCCUUCGCCUACAACAUCAUCAGGAUCCCCCCGCUGCAGAAAGACAAGGUGAACCCCUUGAAUAAAAUGUCGGUGGCCGUGCAGCUUCCGUGCAGCGAACGAUUCAAGCCGUCCUACGUGCACAGCUUCGGCAUGACGGAGAACUACUUCGUGUUCGUGGAGCAGCCCGUGAAGAUCAACCUGUGGAAGUUCCUGAGCGCCUGGGGGCCCCGCGGCGCCACCUACAUGGACUGCUUCGAGAGCCACCACACGAUGGGGGUGUGGGUGCACGUGGCCGACAAGCGCCGGGGCGAGUACCUGGACAUCCGGUUCCGCGCGGCGGCCUUCAACAUCUUCCACCACAUCAACACGUUCGAGAAGGAGGGCCACAUCGUCAUGGACGUCUGCUGCUGGAAGGGGUUUGAGUUCAUCUACAACUACCUGUACCUCGCCAACUUGAGGGAGAACUGGGAAGAGGUGAAGCGGAACGCGUACAAGGCUCCCCAGCCGGAAGUGCGGCGAUACGUGCUGCCCAUCAACUUCGACGAGGAGGAGUACGGCAAGAACCUGGUGCUCCUCGGAGACACCACGGCGACGGCGACACUCCGCAACGACGGCACCAUCUGGCUGGAGCCCGAGGUGCUCUUCUCUGGACCGCGCCAGGCGUUCGAAUUCCCGCGGAUUAAUUACGAGAAGCAUAACGGACGCGACUACACGUUCGCCUACGGCCUGGGCCUCAACCACUUCGUGCCGGACAAGAUCUACAAGCUGAACGUGAAGACUAAGGAGCACUGGGUGUGGCAGAUCCCGGGCACCUACCCUUCUGAGCCCAUCUUCAUAGCCCGGCCGGAUGCCAAGGAUGAGGACGACGGGGUCCUGCUGACGACGGUGGUGAGCCCUGGGCCCGCGGGACGCACCCCGGCCUUCCUGCUCAUCCUCAACGCCAAGGACCUGACGGAGGUCGCUCGCGCGGAGGUUGACGUCAACAUCCCCGUGUCCUUCCACGGAAUGUUCAAGGAGAGCUCGAAGUGACAGGGAGCUGGUAGGGGGUACGGACGGGGGGGGGGGUAGGAAUAGUGUGGCUGGUGUGGGGGGCUUAGCCCACCGCCCCCCCUGGUGGUCACAGCUACGAGUUGGUGCUCCCCCAUCCUUAACAACCACCAUGAGAUUUGUCUUCAACAACGGCGUGAAUAGAACACAAACACUUAUGUAACGAUGUGACUAGCAAGAGGAGGCGGGAUGUAUAAUGGCCUCGGUGCGACCGUGCGAGACAAAUCAAAUAUUGGGGGGCCCCCACCCUGACCGAUUGCCGCAUCCACUGAGCUGACAAUGUCGUUACUACGCCACUGAUAAUGUCGUUACUACGUCACUGAUAUUGUAGUUACUACGCCACUGAUAAUGUAGUCACUACACUGAUAAUGUAGUUACUACGCCACUGAUAAUGUAGUCACUACGCCACUGAUAAUGUAGUUACUACACCACUGAUAAUGUAGUUACUACGCCACUGAUAAUGUCGUUACUACGCCACUGAUAAUGUAGUUACUACACCACUGAUAAUGUAGUUACUACACCACUGAUAAUGUAGUCACUACGCCACUGAUAAUGUAGUUACUACGCCACUGAUAAUGUCGUUACUACGUCACUGAUAAUGUAGUUACUACGCCACUGAUAAUGUAGUCACUACGCCACUGAUAAUGUAGUUACUACACCACUGAUAAUGUAGUUACUAUGCCAUUGAUAAUGAUGGUUACUACGCCACUGAUAAUGUAGUCACUACGCCACUGAUAAUGUCGUUACUACGCCACUGAUAAUGUAGUUACUAUGCCACUGAUAAUGAUGUUUACUACGCCACUGAUAAUGUAGUCACUACGCCAUUGAUAAUGUAGUUACUACACCACUGAUAAUGUAGUUACUACGCCAUUGAUAAUGUAGUUACUACACCACUGAUAAUGUAGUUACUACGCCACUGAUAAUGUAGUUCCUGCGCCACUGAUAAUGUAGUCACUACGCCAAUGAUAAUGUAGUUACUACGCCACUGACAUUGUAGUCACGACGCUACUGAUAAUGUAGUUACUACGCCACUGAUAAUGUAGUUACUACGCCACUGAUAAUGUAGUUACUACGCCACUGAUAAUGUAGUCACUACGCCACUGAUAAUGUAGUCACUACGCCACUGAUAAUGUCGUUACUACGCCACUGAUAAUGUAGUUACUACGCCACUGAUAAUGUAGUUACUAGGCCACUGAUAAUGUAGUCACUACGCCACUGAUAAUGUAGUCACUACGCCACUGAUAAUGUAGUUACUACGCCACUGAUAAUGUAGUUACUACGCCACUGAUAAUGUCGUUACUACGCCACUGGGGGUUGAGGGGACACGGAAAGGUCUUGCCACAGCAGCGAUCGUUUGGCUGCUCGUGACGCCUCUCCGUUACCACGACGUGAGACUUCGGCUUCAUCCGGAUGGGACACAGAAUUGGCAUCCUGUGUGUCGCCUGGCGAGAAUUGAUGUGUAGCGUUGAACUUCAUUUCGGCAAACUUUACUGCGCAGCGCAAAUAGAGCGAGGCUAACCUGAGAAAUACUGCCUGCCCGCGUUUCGUCUGCGGUGGAAUUAGUGGCAGCCACCGUGAUAAUUUGCAGCGGUUUUAGUCGAGGUGAGGUUUGCUGCCCUUGGACCGGUUUUGUACCUCCACUAGAGCCCCGUACCGCGCGCACACGCACAGACACGCACACGCACAGACACGUACACAGACACACGCACGCACAGACACACACGCGCACACGCAGACACGCACGCGCCUGGUGGUGUUAUGUGCACGAAAAUCGCCGGAUAGGAAAAUCCACCGCGUUCCUCUUCCUCACCCACCAGAUGGCGGAAUAAGCUCGCGUUUGUCGCAAUCUGGGGCCUCCACACUCCUCGGUGCGAACACGCGGAGGCGUGGAGGUGUCCCCGUGCCAUGCCUGACCACGUUUGAGAGCGCAAUUCCCCAGUGCGGUUGGUGGUGGGGGCAGGUGGGGGGGCUCUCGCUCCUCAUCUCACCGUGAUCACUCCAAGGUUGAGAUGGAGAUGCGAUGCUCUAAAUAAACCUUCUGGCUGUGUC